AUGUCGCAUUCAGAGCUCGCUUCCCCGGUGGAGGCCCGUGCCGCAGCGGUUGCUCCUGCUCCUGCUCCCGCUGCUGCUGCUGCUGCCACUCCCCAAACCUGCAAUCACGGUUUAACGGUGCUGCGGGUUGCUGUGGAACCUCAUGGCCCGUGCUCUCUGGACGCGCCCCUCUGCUUGGAAAUUGACUUCCGCACGACGCUGAACAUUCAGGGUCAGUGGCAGCUACGAUUUGUAGCUGACUUGGUCUACCAUCAAAAAGCAGUAGACCUUGUGCUAGACAGCCAAGAAAGCAGUGCAAACGAAGCCAGUGAUCAAAUACACCAUGUUGAACUCAAAACAGCGGGCUUGCCACUUCUUGGCUUGCCGGAAUCCGCUUUGGAGAGCCUUGGUAUUCUGGAAGCACGACUUGCUGGAAGUGAUGGGACGGAGUUUGCACUCGUCCGCCUUGUCACAGAUGUGCGACGAAACGGAGAUCAGUGGCAGCGUGGUGUUCUCGAUCCAUUCAGGUGA